AUGGUCAUUACUAUCACCCAGGCAGCGACAGGUGUUGUCGUUCUUUACGUCCUCUCUUGUCUUUUUCUUCGUUUUACUCAAUGCCCCAGCGAGCCUCCCCCUGUUGGCACUACGAUACCGUUCCUUGAACCAAUCAUUGGUCUCAGCAGGAGAAAGUGGAACUACUAUGUGGAUCUCCGAGACCGAUAUCGCUUUCCUAUCCAGACUUUACGCCUUCCCGGGAUGCGCUUAUAUGUUGUUAACUCUGCUUCCCUUGUCCAGGCUGUCCAGAAGCAACCAAAGAUCUUGGCAAUGCCGCCUUUAGAAGCCAAGGCAAUGAUUCGUGUCCUGGCUCCUAGUGAAGAAUCGCACAGCAUCGUGUAUGAGAACGUCGACGGCAGAAAAGGCGACUGGGGCUUCAUGUUUAUGUUCUACAAAACGAUUCACCCUCCGAGAUCCAGCCGUCCAAGAGGCCUAUUGCUCCUGAUGGGCUUAGACGUUUUUGCGAAAGACACCGUCCAGGCACGCAAGAGGAUAGCAGAUGCUUUCGAAAGGUAUUUCCGGAACGGGCUCCACGGCCAGGCCUCUGCCCUAAUCAAGGCACAUUACGCCCACAGCAUCGACUACAAACUGCCUCUCCAGGAUCUCGCGAAGCUUGAAGUCGGAGCUGCUUUGGGAGUACUAAGCAAUAUUGUGCCCACGACAUUCUGGCUCUUAUACCACCUCUUCGCCAAUCCGCACGCGCUACAACUUUGCAGAAAAGAGGUUGAGAAUGCUACCAAGGAGAGUGCAGAUGCAAAGGGUAGACUAAUCCGGACGAUUGAUGUUUCUGACGUCAAAUCCUCUUGCCCCACACUCCUCUCUUCCUUCCGGGAAACGUUGCGCUUACACACCGUCGGCGCAUCGGCUCGUCUGGUUAUGGAGGACUUUAUGUUGGAUGGCAAGUUUCUUCUCCGGAAGGGGGCCCUAGUUCUACUUCCUCAAUCGGUCCAGCACACCGACCAGUCCGUUUGGGGGUCUAAUGUUGGGAUAUUCGACUGCGAACGCUUUCUUAAAGCGAAUAAGAGGACUAAUGCGGUUGAAUUCCGUGGCUUUGGAGGAGGAACAACACUCUGUCCUGGUCGGCAUUUUGCAACCACAGAAGUCCUAGCAUACACGGCGAUGUUUAUCAUGCGCUUCGACAUUGAACCACGCCACGGCAGAUGGGUGCAACCGACGACGGAAAAUUCGGGGAUGUGGACCGUAACUGCUGGGCCCGAUUAUGAUGUUGGUGUCGAAUGCCGCUCGAGGGAGGGGGUACCUGUGGAUAUGCAUUGGCGGCUAUCACUGUCGAAGUCGGAUCACGUCAUGUCACUAGCUGCGGAAGACCUAGGUACUAGAUAG